AUGACCGUGACCACCGUCGCAACCGCCGCCGCGAUGAGCAACCACGAUUCUGGCACCGAAACGGGAACGGACCACAGUCCAUCUCGCUUCACAGCCGUCAAUGUCAACGGUCGAGAUGCCGCCCCCGGACCGAGUCUAGGGACAACCGCGCUCCCCAGCUUGCCGCCCAGUCAUGGCGAACCGGUCGCCUCCCCCGGGACCCGAGACCCGCCCGCCUCGCGCGAGAGCGUCGCACGAGGAGAUCCCGAUCGUGAGGAGUCCCAACGCGCAUCGCCGUCCGCCAACAAGCAUAAGCGAAAACGAUCGGGGUCCGGGGACCGAGAGCUCCGCCCAGCAUCUGAACCAAGCUACCCUGCCGUGCGAGGCAUUCAUCAUUCCGACGACGUCCCGCUCCAUACCAAUGGGGUGCGAUCUGGGUCGGGGUCCGUCUCAGAGAUCGACCCUGCCAACCCGUCCACGCAGGGACCUCGAUCCGAUACGAACGAGACCUCCCAACCCUCGUCCAAUGGCCCCUGGCCCGAGUACGACGCCCAGUUGGUCAGCCAAGCGCAACGCGCACAGCAAAUAGAUGCCUCGGAUGCUCACUUGGCCGAUGCGCUCCAGCGAGAAGCCCAGGGACAGGAGCCUCGAGGCUUGGGGGCCAGUCGCGCGGCCGUAUCGGGCUCUCAUCAUGUCCAACCAACCUCCUCCCCUGCAUAUCCUUCCGAUCGGUCGACGGCACCGGUGCAGGUGGCACCGAAGCGAAAACGAGUCUUCAGUAACCGCACCAAGACGGGAUGCAUGACAUGUCGCCGUCGAAAGAAGAAGUGUGACGAGAUGCACCCUGCAUGUAAUAACUGUAUACGAGGUGGCUUCCUCUGUGAAGGCUAUACUUCAAGAAGUACCUGGCAAAAACCCGCCACCACCAAAGCGCCGGUCCCCUUGCAGUCCAAGGAAGGCUAUCCCGACAUCAGCGCACCGUAUCUACCUGAAACAACGCAACACCACGAUCGGCCAUCGACGCUUGUGGAACAUGUCGACUCCCGAAAGAUGAGACCCAUUGUGGUUGAUGAGAGUGAGCGCCCCCCACAACCGUAUAACUCCAGCCCGACCAACUCGGCGACCCCUCAUCCGUCUGCGUCUUGGGCCAAAAGGGGAUGGCCGGGCCCCAGUCACCCAAGCUAUGUCCCUGAACAUUUGCCAAAACCCGAUUAUCGAGAUGUGCCUCCAAUCCACGAGCUACCCCGAGAGAGUCAUCCCAAGCCGGAUUACCCCGUGGUUCCAUCAAUUCGAGAGCUCUCGCAAGCAUCACCAUCUCAUAUUCCGCAAUCCCAUGUUCCGCCAUCUCAUAUUACACCACCUCAUGUCCAGUCGUCUCAUGCGCCGCCAUCUCAUACCCAGCCAGCUCACGCACCGCCGCCUGCACCGCCACACGCACCGCAGUCGCAUGUCCAGUCAUCUCACCCACCACCCCCUCAUGCACAGCCUUCCCAUGCGCCUCCUUCUCAUGCGCCUCCACCAAAACCGAACAUGCCCUUGUUUCAUAGCGGUGUGGAACAACGACCAAUGCCCCCCACGCCGACCGCGCCGGCAGUCCCAACGCCAGUUGCCACAAUCGAUACCAGUAGUCCUCAAGCCCAAGCACGAAUGGCUCUCAAUAUUGAGCAUCAGCUGUCCGGGCGGGCCAUCAAUGGCGAAGAAACUGAGAAGGACAAGAUGAUUCGUGGUGAACUCUAUCGACCAUUUGAUAUGCAGCUGGUCGAGGAACGAGAUCGAUGCAAACGUGCUGUGUGGCGAUUCAACAAUGCCUCCAACCCACUGUCCGGGCUCAGCUCUAAAGAGCAGAAUCGGCUCCUCAAGGAAAUUCUGGUCCCGCCCUCCAACUCCGUUGUCAAUUCACCCUCUGGGGUUGCAGUGCCUCGGUCCGUGGGCACCAUUGGGCAAGGUACCGUCGUGGAGGCCCCCUUCACCUGCUACUACGGAUACAACAUCCAGAUCGGAGAGGACGUAAUGGUUUCCCAAAAUUGUCUAUUCGUGGACGAUUGUGGGAUCAGUGUUGGUGCCCACACCUGGAUUGGGCCCAAUGUGACCUUACUUAGCUCGAUGGCUCAUUCCAGUAUGCAGGAGCGUAAAGGAUCCCAGAGCCGGUAUCAAGGCCGCCGCGUCACCAUCGAAGAAGACUGUUAUCUCGGAGCAGGAUGCACCAUCUAUCCCGGUGUCCACCUCUAUCGAGGCGCGUACGUUGCUCCUGGGGAGGUUGUGAAGACCGAUAUCGUCGCAUAUGGAUUCCAGGGAUACAAACCUAGCUAUAUGUGA